GUAAGCAUAAACGCUCUUGAAAUCCUGCUGUUUGUUGACAAUUAAUUGUAACAGAUAUUGGUAAAAGCCUAUGAGUCAUGAAGCAUCAUGUCUCCCACAGGCGCACCAGCUUUACCACCUCGUAAACUAUCACAAGCAAAUCGCCCUCAAUCUAUCGAAUCAAUUGCAACUAGACUGAAAAAUCCAUUACUAGAACCCAGUUGCAUAGAAGAAGCAGAAUGGUAUUGGGGUGACAUAACCAGAGAUGAUGUACAAGAAAAACUUGCUGACAAGCCUGAUGGUACGUUUCUGGUUCGAAAUGCAUCAAAUAAGGCUGGAGAGUAUACCUUGACAUUAAGGAAAGGAGGAACCAAUAAAUUAAUAAAAAUAUAUCACAAAAAUGAAAAAUUUGGUUUUUCAGAACCUUACAAUUUUUCUUCUGUUAUUGAUCUUGUGAACCAUUACCGUAAAGUUUCUUUGUCACAAUAUAAUGCAACAUUAGAUGUAAAGUUAUUGUACCCUGUGUCCAGAUUACAUCAAGAUGAAGAGUUUGGUACUUGGAAAAGUUUAAAUGUAGACGUUGUAUGGAUGCGUUUGAUCGAACUGCUUAAAGAUAUUUUGAAGAAAUCUAUUUCAUAUGAAAAAUUAUCUAAAGAAUUUCAGACUGCAAUGGUCGAUACAUCGUCAAUGCGUAUGGGACUGCAGCAGUACCAGGAAGUGAAUAGAAUGUUUGAAGAUCAGUUAAGAGUACAUGAUAAAUUUCUUAACGAAGCUGAACGCCAUGAAUCUGAUAAUCUAGUUAAAAAUAUUGAAAUAGUAAAGAGACGAAUUAAGUUACUGCUAGAUAGCAAAGCGGUACUUGAGGAGAAAUUAGUCACACAAGUGGACUAUAGUCAGACAUUGGAGCGGCAAAUGUAUCAAUUAAAACAAGAAGGUGCAGUACUCACACGCCGAAAAGAUAAAUCAGUUCGGUGGUUAUUGAACCAUGGUGUGGCUUACGAAGCAAUUCAUCGAGUGUUGAACGGCACUGAUUGGAAUACUUGUAAGCCUGAAGAUAUCCAACUGCCUCAAAACCUCUCUCAUUUAGAUGAGGGUACUUGGCUGCUGCAACCCUGUUCACGUGUAGAUGCUGAGCGCCUGUUAAAUGGCAGGCGUAAUGGAACAUUUUUGAUACGACCUAGUCGUACAGGGCAAUCAGCAUUAUCUAUAGUUUGCAAUGGAGUUGUAAAUCAUUGUAUAGUGUACAGUACUCCAAAAGGAUUUGGAUUUGCUGAACCUUACAAUAUAUAUUCUUCUCUAAAAGAUCUAGUCAUGCAUUAUUCUCAAACUUCCUUAGAAGAACACAAUGAUUCUCUGACUACUACAUUAGCUUACCCCGUGAUAGCUGAAAAUGACAAAAAAUUAAAUGAGUAGCAUAUUACCAGUAUCAACUUGCAUAUCAUAGUGUUUAUGCAAUUUGGUGAUUCAAUUUUUGUGAUAAUUAAUUACCUAUUAAAUGUUAAUUAUUUACUAGUAUUAACGAGUUAUUUAAUGAGGAGUAAUAUUUUUCAUAUAAGUGUGCAUUAUUAAGAUAUAAUAUUAUUGAUGAAAUUAUAUUUUAACUUAUUUAUAUUUAUUAUACUAAUACCAACUUGUUUUCUUUUGUGUCCAAAUAUUUAUGUAAAAAUUAUUUGU